AAGCUAACCUCCGCUCUAGCCGCAGCCCUUUCCUGUUAGCUAACGCUGAGCUUCAGCUCUCACUACAUUUAGCGACAUAACGGUGUCUCUUUGACAUAUUCUCACUCUCUAGCACUUUUUUCCCCACCGAAAACAUGGCGGAGGCCAUUCAAAAGAAGUUAAAAGCGGAAUUAGAAAAAUACACACAGAUGCAGAAAGAUGUUAGCAAGAGCAUGGCAGCCAGACAGAAGCUGGAGACGCAGCUAACAGAGAACAACAUUGUCAAGGAGGAGCUUGAUCUGCUGGACAGCACAAACAUAGUUUAUAAGCUCAUUGGCCCAGUAUUAGUGAAGCAAGACCUGGAUGAGGCCAAAUCUACAGUCACAAAAAGGCUGGAGUACAUCAACGGAGAGAUGUGA